CCAAUCCCCAUCUUUGUCACAAAUCAUCAACAAACAACACGUUUCCAAUGUCGGGUGACGAAAGUCCAGUGGAUUUCAAUGUGUGCGUUGUUUUGCCGGCUGGAGGUUAUGGUUCUCGGACGGGAGUUCCUACUCCAAAGCAAUUUUGGCCCAUUAUGGGGAAACCGUUGAUCGCAUAUACUUUGGAAACAUUUAAUAGAAUUUCUUGGGUCCAGAAAAUUAUUGUCACUGUUGCUGAGGAGUAUUCAGAAAGUCUUGAGGAUUUAGUUAGUCAACAUCUGUUAGACAAAGUCCAUGUAGCAAUUGCUGGAGCUACAAGGCAUCGGUCUAUCUAUAAUGGUAUCAGGACACUUUCUUCAGUUUGUGAAGAGCUUGAUAUUAUUCUAAUAAAUGAAGCUGCCCGUCCCAUUGUCAGUGAAUCAGUGAUUCAAGAGGUGGCUCUUGCUGCUCAAAAGUAUGGUGCAGCUGGAAUUGUCCGCCCUUUGAUCUCAACUGUUGUUGCAGUAAAUUCUGACAAUUUUCUCAAAAACUCUCUUGAUAGAAAUCUGUAUCAUGCUAGUGAGAUGCCACAGGGCUUCAAGCAUGACAUUAUAAAGAAAGCUUAUGAAAUGUGUACAAACGAUGACUUUGAGAAUGGAUCUGAAUGUCUACAAUUAGUACAGAAAUAUACUAAUGUUAAUGCCUACCUCAUUGAUGGACCAUCUUCGUUAUGGAAGGUGACCUAUAGAAAAGAUUUGUAUACAGCAGAAGGAACACUGAAAGAAAAGUUUUUAAAAGUUGGACUAGUCAAUAUCCCUGAUUCAAACUUAGUAGCUGCAUUAAAAAGUCACCUGGUUGAUCAUCACAUUGAAGUUUGCACAUUAGACUCUGCUGACCAGCUUCCAAAGCAACUAACUAGUGUAGUGCUCAGCCAGUCCACUGUGAAUUUAGAUGAAAUUCUUGAAACAACUGAGGAACUGGCACAAGUUUGGACUGAAGAGCCAGGACGGUUUAUUGCAGGAGGCACCGUGAUCUAUUUGUUUCAUACCUCUGAAGAAGAUUGUUUUGCUGAUGUUUGGGACCAACUACAGAAGUCAGCAGAAACCCUGGCUGACAGUUUCAAAGAUAGUAUUUCUCCUAUUUUUAUUUUAACAAAGGUCAAAUCCUCAUCGAUAUUUGAAUAUUAAACAUUGUACAAAUGUGAAACUUGGUCCACUGAAAGAUCCUAGGUAGGAGUACAAAAAUGCCCUUGAAACGACGUCUGACAGCUACAGAGAAGAUGCAGAUUGUUGCAGGUCUCGCAGAAGCCUUAUCUAUGGGAGAAUUAGUUCAAGAGCUUCGUUGGGAUACAAGAACACUGAAGGCAUAUAUGGAAAACCUCAUCACCAAACCAAGGAAAGAUAAAGGUCCAAGAAGGAGUGUAUUCCAGCGUGAUAUCCAAAAAAUUGGUAGAUAAAUAAGAAAAGACCUCAGUAGCACAAGUGCUGCCAUAUUUGAAAGUGCUGGGGUUGCUCCUUUGUCCAGAAGCACCCGGUGUAGGAUCCUUAAAGAGACGGCCAGAAGUGUUAAGUGUGUCACUAGACCCAUCUUAAGCAAGAACCACAAAAAGAAACAUAUUGAUUGGGCACAGAAGUACAUGAAAAUUAAUUUCCAAGAUGUCCUCUUCAUGGAUAAGGCCAGAGCUAUUCUGGAUAGCCCUGACAGAUGGGCCAAAGUUUGGGUGCCUCUUGGAGCUGCUCACCCGCAUCACAUUCAACAUCAACAAGGAGGUGGUGCUGUCAUGUUUGGGUGAGAAUCAUAGGAAAUGAACUUGUCGGGCCUUUCCGAGUGUCAGGUAUCAAACUCACUAGCAACUCCUACACUGCAUUUCUGGAGGAGUAUUUUGCAGCAUGGUUAGAUGAUCUGCCACUCUCCCAUGUUGACUGUGAUUGAUUUUUAUGCAUGACAAUGCUCCUUCGCAUUCAGCCAAGGCUACAAUUUUGUAUCUCGCAACUUUGGCAAUCACGGGCCAAUCACUCAUAACUUGGCCUCCCUGUUCUCCUAACCUAAACCCUAUUGGACAGCUCUGGUCGAUCUUGAAGAGGAAAGUGUAUGAAGGAGGUAUUUAGUUUUUACUGAAGGAUGCCUGUAGGAAAAAAUCAAAACAGUUGCUGGUACCAUAACAUCUCUGAGAAGAUGUUAGUUGGCUAACAACUUCUGUGGACAAAAGACUGAUGUCAUUUCUAAACAAGGAAGUUACAUAGACAAAUAAAGCACAACACCAACAAUUUAA